AUGGCCAAAAUGGAGGUCAAGACGUCACUUUUAGACAACAUGAUAGGGGUGGGAGAUAUGGUUCUUUUAGAGCCACUCAAUGAAGAUUCAUUCAUCAAUAAUCUGAAAAAGCGCUUUGAUCACAGUGAAGUAUAUACAUACAUUGGCAGCGUGGUGAUAUCAAUAAACCCCUACAGACCUCUACCCAUUUAUACUCCAGAGAAAGUGGAAGAAUACCGAAACCGAAACUUUUAUGAACUCAGUCCUCACAUCUUUGCUCUGUCAGAUGAAGCAUACAGAUCUUUGAGGGACCAGGACAAAGACCAGUGUAUCCUUAUUACAGGAGAGAGUGGAGCUGGGAAAACAGAAGCGAGCAAACUUGUCAUGUCAUAUGUAGCUGCUGUGUGUGGAAAAGGGGUAGAGGUUAAUCAAGUAAAAGAACAACUUUUGCAGUCGAAUCCAGUUCUUGAAGCUUUUGGAAAUGCCAAAACUGUGAGGAAUGACAACUCUUCCAGAUUUGGAAAAUACAUGGAUAUUGAGUUCGAUUUCAAGGGUGAUCCACUUGGAGGAGUUAUAAGCAACUAUCUGCUAGAGAAGUCUCGUGUUGUUAAGCAACCAAGAGGCGAAAGAAACUUUCACAUUUUCUAUCAGAUACUGUCUGGUGCAUCAGAAGACUUCCUCUGCAAACUCAAACUGGAGCGGGACUUCAGCAGAUACAACUAUCUGGGCCUUGAUUCGGCCAAAGUGAAUGGAGUGGAUGAUGCUGCAGACUUCAGGACAGUUAGGAAUGCAAUGCAGAUUGUUGGUUUUAUGGAUCAUGAAACGCAGUCUGUUUUUGAAGUGGUGGCAGCCGUUCUGAAAUUGGGAAAUAUUGAAUUUAAGCCUGAAUCUCGUGUGAAUGGCCUAGAUGAAAGUAAAAUCAAAGACAAAAAUGAACUCAAGGAAAUCUGUGAGCUGACAGGUAUAGACCAGUCUGUAUUGGAAAGAGCUUUCAGCUUCCGGACAGUUGAAGCCAAGCAAGAGAAAGUUUCAACAACACUAAAUGUGGCUCAGGCUUAUUAUGCCCGUGAUGCUCUGGCUAAGAAUUUAUACAGUCGACUGUUCUCUUGGCUUGUUACCAGAAUCAAUGAGAGCAUUAAGGCACAGACAAAAGUGAGAAAGAAGGUAAUGGGGGUGCUGGACAUCUAUGGCUUUGAAAUAUUUGAGGACAACAGCUUUGAGCAAUUCAUUAUUAACUACUGUAAUGAGAAGCUGCAGCAGAUCUUCAUUGAACUUACCCUCAAAGAAGAGCAGGAAGAAUACAUCCGAGAGGGGAUUGAGUGGACUCAUAUUGAGUAUUUCAACAAUGCCAUAAUUUGUGACCUAAUAGAAAAUAACCAAACUGGAAUCCUGGCCAUGCUAGAUGAAGAAUGCCUGAGACCAGGAACGGUUACUGAUGACACGUUUUUGGAAAAACUGAACCAAGUCUGUGCCACUCACCAGCAUUUUGAGAGCAGGAUGAGCAAGUGCUCUCGAUUCCUCAACGACACUUCCUUGCCUCACAGCUGCUUCAGGAUUCAGCAUUAUGCUGGCAAGGUUAUGUACCAGGUGGAAGGAUUUGUUGACAAAAAUAAUGAUCUUCUGUACCGUGACCUCUCCCAGGCCAUGUGGAAGGCCAAUCACUCUCUUAUCAAAGCCUUGUUCCCAGAAGGUAACCCUGCUAAGCUCAAUCUCAAGAGACCACCAACGGCAGGUUCACAGUUCAAGGCUUCGGUUGCUACCUUGAUGAAAAAUCUUCAGACAAAAAAUCCAAACUAUAUCAGAUGCAUCAAACCAAAUGACAAAAAGGCUGCACACAUUUUCAACGAGGCCCUGGUGUGCCACCAGGUCCGUUACCUUGGUCUGCUGGAGAACGUCCGGGUCAGAAGAGCAGGUUAUGCCUUCAGGCAGGCGUACGAGCCUUGCCUGGAAAGGUACAAAAUGCUCUGCAAGCAGACGUGGCCCCACUGGAGAGGCCCAGCCAGGGCUGGAGUAGAGGUACUGUUUAACGAAUUGGAAAUCCCUGAAGAAGAAUUUUCAUUUGGUAGAUCAAAGAUAUUCAUCCGCAACCCAAGAACGCUCUUCAAACUAGAAGAUCUGAGGAAGCAACGGUUGGAGGACUUGGCUACUCUAAUUGAGAAGAUUUAUAGGGGUUGGAAGUGCCGCACACGCUUCUUGUUAAUGAAAAAAAGCCAGAUUGUGAUUGCUUCCUGGUACAGGAGAUAUGCACAACAAAAAAAGUAUCAGAAGAUAAAGAGUUCAGCUAUUAUAAUCCAGUCUUACAUCAGAGGAUGGAAGGCUCGGAAACUUCUUCGGGAACUUAAGCAUCAGAAGCGCUGUAAUGAGGCUGCCACGAUAAUUGCUGCUUAUUGGCAUGGUACCCAGGCACGAAGGGAACUGAGACGACUGAAGGAGGAGGCUAGAAAUAAACAUGCUAUUGCUGUUAUUUGGGCUUACUGGCUUGGAUAUAAGGCUCGAAGGGAAUUGAAACGCUUGAAGGAGG